AUGUAUAUUCAAGUCGCUUGUCUUCUUGUCUUUUUAAUCAAUUCAUCUCAAGCAACUAUUCCAGAUGCUACAAUUCAAGCGGAUGCUGCUGAAAUUACUCGCUUAAAUCGAAUGGUUCUAUAUAGUUCACCACCUGUUUUUCGUAAAAUGCAAUCAUUUGUCUGUGAAAUGAUUAAUAACUGCUGUCCAUCAAUCAAAUCAAACUUUAAUGAAGUCACAGGCGAAGGUACCACUGCUGGACCUAGUGCUAUAUUAAAUGCUUGUAUUGGCAGUCAACCUGGUACCUCCUUCUUAAAAAAAUGUCCAAUGAUUGAUAAGCUUUUACCAUUAACUCAAGAUCCAGAGUUUCUCAAUUAUACUGUUGUUCUUAUGACAGCUGCCAACCAAAUGCAAUCGUCUGAUGUUGAAAUUGAAGAACCAUGUGCAGCAGAUGAAACUUAUGCCAUCUAUUGCAAACGAAAUUCACGAAAAGAAAUGUUAUCAUGUGAACGAAAAACACUUACAUAUGUAGCACAACAUAACAGUGAUGAUCAAUACAAAACAUAUAUUCAAGAAGUUAAAAGCACUACUCGUACUCUAAUGAAAACAAUGAAAAAUGCUUUUCCCAAGAAAAACAACGAGAAAUUUCAAAAGAAUCAACGUUAUUCAUACGGAAAGAAUUAA